AUGCAAGGAUAUAAAGAAGAAAUCGGAAGUGAAAUACCCAAAGAGUCAAAUUCUAAAGAAGGUAACUAUGAUGUUAAGACACAGAUGAUAUAUCAACAAGUUUCUCUUAUUUUAAAUUCUCAAUCCAACGAACAAACUAUUGAUCUUCUUUCAGAACUCAAUGAUAUUCUAUUAUCAGACAAAACCCUUAUAAUCCAAGGAAAAAAUUGGAAUUUUUGUGAAAUUCUUCAAAAAAUAAUUAUUAAUUUAUAUAAUUCUGGUUAUGAUUGGACAAUAGCAUUAGAUGCAUUAGUUAAUUGGCAAUUUGUUAUGAUUGAUGAUAAUUUUAUCACAUUAGAUUUUUUUGAUUUUAUUUGCAAUUUAUUAAUAGAAGAAAACAAUAAUGAAAACAUCAUGGACAUAGAAUUAUUCGAAACACUUAUUUGCUUCGUUGAUAACACAAUUAUUGAUAAUCCUGAUAUAAUUAAAGUAUUUUCAGAUAACUAUGAAGAUUUUUUAGGAUAUCUCACUGACAAAUACUAUAAAACAGAUAUUAUUUCAAUCAGAUAUGCAAUCACAUCAAUAUUUGAAGCAAUUUCAACAGGUUUUCAAACAAAUCCAGAAGUUAGUCUUAAAUAUCUUGAUUUAAUUGUAGAAACAGGAACUAUAUCAAAUGAAAAAUCACUUCAACUCUUUGUUUCCUUUCUUGAAGAUCAAAAUUUCCUUGAAUAUUUUUCAAAUACAGAUCUUUUUGAGAAAAUUACAAAAUCAUUAGUAUAUAUUGAUAGAUUCAUUCCUUUGAUGAUAAAAGCAGUUAAUGUUAUGCUUAAAAGCAAUAAUGAGAGUGCACUUUUAUUAAUUAGAGAAUUUGAUCCUGUUUACAGUCUAUUAUAUGCUAAAUCAGCAGACAGUACAUUUCCAAAGGCCGAAUACUUUUCAAUGUGCCGCAAAUAUAUAAGAAUUUUGUCUGAUUUCAAAAUUCAAUUUUUAUUUCUCAAAUUUUUCCAAGAAAGUUUCACAGAAAGUUUGAUACAAUAUCAAGUACAAACUAAGAUGAUAAAACUUCUUAAUGAAAUACUUAAUUUUUAUCAAAAUUCCCAAGAAAACAUUCAAUUGAUUGUUAAUUAUGAAAUGAUUCAGAAAAUAAUUGAUUUACUUGAUCCAGAUCACGUAGAAAUAUCAAAAAUAUGUAUUGAAAUCCUAUUUAAAUUAGUAAUUGUUGGAUGUAAUAUUAAUCCUUUUGUAAAAAACGAAAUCAGUCUUAAUAUUGAUCUUAAAAAUGCAGAUUACUUGGACUUUAAACUAUUUUCUAAUAUACUUGACUCAGAAGAGUUUGAUUCUAUAAUGGGAGAACUUGUAAAUGAAGUUGAUGAUGAAAAAUUUGUUGAAGAAACUAAUGAAUUUUAUGACAAAUGCAAAGAAAUGAUAAACAAAUAUCAUCAAUUAGAAAUGGAUCAGAUAGAAAUCGAAUAUGAUGAAGAGGAAGAGUAUGAUUACGAUUCCUUUACUGUUGUAUAA